AUGGUCUCUCUCGCUCCUUACGUCUUGAAGCGGCCUUGGCUGACCAAGCUACUGACGCCCGCCGCCAAUUGGUAUGCGAGCGCUGCCGGCUACCGCCAGCUCGGUCUGAGAUACGACGAUCUCCUCGAAGAGGAAAACGAAGCUGUCCAGAUCGCCCUGAAGCGUCUGUCCGCCAAGGAGGCCUACGAGCGUGUCUACCGCAUCCGCCGCUCCGUCCAGUGCAGUUACACCCACAAGCUGCUUCCCAAGGACCAGUGGACCAAGCCCGAGGAGGAUACCCCUUACCUGCGAUCCAUCCUCGCCCAGGUCGAGGCCGAACUCGCCGAGAAGGACGCUCUGGACUCCAUGACUGUUAUCAAGAAGCACUAA